AUGGGGGUUUUGUGGCUGGCCAGGCUGGUGCUGGGAUGUACGGCGGUGGCGUGCGUGGGGCACGCCCGGGCGCAGUACGAGGGGGACCUGCAGACGGACAGAUUCGCCGGCUACGAGGAGAGGCCGCCCAGCAGGGUGAGGAGGAGAGGCCAGGACUCGUUACGAGGGCCCAAUGUCUGCGGCUCCAGGUUCCAUUCCUACUGCUGUCCCGGCUGGAAAACGCUGCCCGGAGGGAACCAGUGCAUUGUCCCAAUCUGCAGGAAUUCUUGUGGUGACGGGUUUUGUUCGCGGCCGAACAUGUGCACGUGCUCCAAUGGACAACUUUCUCCCAACUGUGGCUCAGCUGGAGUCCAAACGUGCAACGUGAGGUGCAUGAACGGGGGGAGCUGCUCCGAGGAGUCGUGUCUGUGCCAGAAGGGAUACACCGGCACCUACUGCGGGCAGCCUGUCUGUGAGAACGGCUGCCAGAACGGCGGGAGAUGCAUCGGGCCCAACCGCUGCGCCUGCGUCUACGGAUUCACCGGCCCCCAGUGCGAGAGAGAUUAUCGGACCGGGCCGUGCUUCAGCCAAGUGAACAACCAGAUGUGCCAGGGCCAGCUCAGUGGCAUCGUCUGCACCAAGACCAUGUGUUGUGCCACCAUCGGCCGGGCCUGGGGACACCCCUGUGAGAUGUGUCCUGCCCAGCCCCAUCCCUGCCGCCGGGGAUUCAUCCCGAAUAUCCGCACCGGAGCCUGCCAAGAUGUGGAUGAGUGCCAAGCCAUCCCUGGCCUCUGCCAAGGUGGGAAUUGCAUCAACACCGUGGGUUCCUACGAGUGCAAGUGCCCUGCAGGACACAAGCAGAGCGAGACCAGCCACAGGUGUGAAGACGUGGACGAGUGCGGGGCCAUCUCGGGCGCGUGCGACGGCGGCGAGUGCACCAACACCGCGGGCAGCUACGUGUGCACCUGCCCCCGGGGCUUCAUGACCAGCCCCGAUGGAUCCCGCUGCAUUGACCAGCGCAUCGGGACGUGUUUCUCGGCGCUCAUCGGGGGCCGCUGCGCCGGGGACCUGCCGGGCCAGUACACCAGGAUGCAGUGCUGCUGCGACUCAGGGCGCUGCUGGGCCAUUGGCCAGACCCCCGAGAUGUGCCCUGUGAGGGGCUCUGACGAGUACCGCAGGCUCUGCAUCGAGGGACUCCCGGUCGUGCCAGGCUUCCCUGGGAACUUUCCAGGAAUCCCUGGAUUCGGGCCCAACGGCGUCGGGCCGGGACUCAACGGGCCCGGAGGCAUCGGACCAAACGGGGCGAACGGACAAGGCGGGAUCCCAGGGCUGCCUGGAAUGGGCCCAGGAAGCUCGAGCAUUGGCACUGCCACGUUGAACCAGACCAUUGACAUCUGCAAGCACUUCACCAACCUGUGCCUGAACGGGCGCUGCAUCCCCACCCCGUCCAGCUACCGCUGCGAGUGCAACAUGGGCUACAAGCAGGACGUGCGUGGGGAGUGCAUUGAUGUGGACGAGUGCUCCAGCAGCCCCUGCGUGCACGGCGACUGCGUCAACACCCCGGGCUCCUACCACUGCAAGUGCCACGAGGGCUUCCAGAGCACCCCCACCAAGCAGGCCUGCAUUGACAUCGAUGAGUGCAUCAUGAACGGGGUGAUGUGCAGGAACGGCCGCUGCGUCAACACCGACGGCAGCUUCCAGUGCAUCUGCAACGCUGGCUUUGAGAUCACCCCUGAUGGCAAGAACUGUGUUGACCACGACGAGUGUGCCACCACCAACAUGUGCCUCAACGGGAUGUGCAUCAAUGAGGACGGAAGCUUCAAGUGCAUCUGCAAGCCCGGAUUUGUUCUGGCUCCCAACGGGCGCUACUGUGUCGACAUCGACGAGUGCGAGACCCCCGGGAUCUGCAUGAACGGCUGGUGCAUCAACACCGAGGGCUCCUUCCGCUGCGAGUGCCUGGGGGGCCUGGCCAUCGGCGUGGACGGCCGGGUCUGCGUGGACACCCACAUGCGCAGCACCUGCUACGGGGGCAUCAAAAAGGGCACCUGCGCCCGCCCCUUCCCCGGCGCCGUCACCAAGUCCGAGUGUUGCUGUGCCAACCCGGACCACGGCUUCGGAGAGCCCUGCCAGCCCUGCCCGGCCAAGAACUCGGCGGAAUUCCAGGCUCUCUGCAGCAGCGGCAUCGGGAUAACAGCUGAUGGCAGAGACAUCAACGAGUGUGCCCUGAACCCGGACAUCUGCCCCAACGGGAUGUGUGAGAACCUGCGGGGUAGCUACCGCUGCAUCUGCAACCUGGGCUACGAGUCCGACCCCACGGGCAAGAACUGCGUGGAUGUUGAUGAGUGCACUGUCAACCGUCUGCUGUGCGACAACGGGCUGUGCAGGAACACCCCCGGCAGCUACACCUGCACCUGCCCCAAGGGCUUCGUCUUCAGGACAGAGACGGACACCUGUGAAGACAUCAACGAGUGCACGUCCAACCCGUGUGUGAACGGCGUGUGCCGGAACAACGCCGGCUCCUUCGCCUGCGAGUGCUCCCCUGGCAGCAAACUGGACCCCACUGGCACCAUCUGCGUGGACAGCAUGAAAGGGACCUGCUGGCUCAACAUCCAGGACGGGCGCUGCGAGGUGAACAUCAACGGGGCCACGCUCAAGUCGGAGUGUUGUGCCACCCUGGGGGCAGCCUGGGGCAGCCCCUGCGAGCGCUGCGAGAUCGACACUGCCUGUCCCCGGGGAUACGCCCGGAUGAAGGGAGUCACCUGUGAAGACGUGAAUGAGUGUGAGGUGUUCCCCGGCGUCUGCCCCAACGGGCGCUGCGUCAACUCCGCCGGCUCCUUCCGCUGCGAGUGCCCCGAGGGGCUGACCCUGGAUGGCACUGCCAGGACGUGUGUGGACGUGCGGGUGGAGCAGUGCUACAUGCGCUGGGACGAGGACGAGUGCACGGAGCCCCUGCCCGGCAAGUACCGCAUGGACAUGUGCUGCUGCUCCGUGGGCUCGGCCUGGGGCAGCGACUGCGAGGAGUGCCCCAAGCCGGGCACCGGCGAGUUCAAGGCCAUCUGCCCGCGCGGGCCCGGCUUCGCCAACCGCGGGGACGUGCUCUCGGGGAGGCCCUUCUACAAAGAUGUGAACGAGUGCAAGGUCUUCUCCGGCCUCUGCACUCACGGCACGUGCCGGAACACCAUCGGCAGCUUCCGGUGCAUCUGCGGCAACGGCUUCGCUUUGGACGCUGAGGAGAGGAACUGCACGGACAUCGACGAGUGCCGCAUCUCCCCCGACCUGUGCGGCCACGGCACGUGCGUCAACACCCCGGGCAGCUUCGAGUGCGAGUGCUUCGAGGGCUACGAGAGCGGCUUCAUGAUGAUGAAGAACUGCAUGGAUAUCAACGAGUGCGAGCGGGACCCGCUGCUGUGCCGGGGCGGGAUCUGCAUGAACACCGACGGCAGCUUCGAGUGCAUCUGCCCCCCUGGCCACGAGCUGACAGCUGAGGGCAACACCUGCAUAGAUAUCAACGAGUGCUCCCUCAGUGACAACCUGUGUCGCAACGGGCGCUGCAUCAACGUCAUCGGCACCUACCAGUGCUCGUGCGACUCGGGCUUCCAGGCCACGCUGGACAGGCAGGGCUGUGUUGACAUCGACGAGUGCACCAUCACCAACGGGGGCUGUGACACCCACUGCUCCAACUCGGAGGGCAGCUACGAGUGCAGCUGCAGCGAGGGCUACGCGCUCAUGCCAGACAAGAGGUCCUGUGCAGACAUCGAUGAGUGUGAGGAUAAUCCUGACAUCUGCGAUGGUGGGCAGUGCACAAACAUCCCCGGCGAGUACCGGUGCCUCUGCUUCGACGGCUUCAUGGCAUCCCUGGACAUGAAGACCUGCAUUGAUGUGAACGAGUGUGACCUCAACCCCAACAUCUGCCUGCACGGCGAGUGUGAGAACACCAAGGGCUCCUUCAUCUGCCACUGCCAGCUCGGCUACUUUGUCAAGAAGGGAACCACAGGGUGCACAGACAUCGACGAGUGCGAGAUCGGGGCGCACAACUGCGACAUGCACGCCUCCUGCAUCAAUGUGCCCGGCAGCUUCAAGUGCAAGUGUCGCACGGGCUGGCUCGGGGACGGGCUGAAGUGCAACGACCUGGACGAGUGUGCAACCGAAGAGCACAAGUGCAACCUCAACGCCAACUGCGUGAACACGCCCGGCUCCUACCGCUGCGCCUGCCGCGAGGGCUUCAACGGUGACGGCUUCUCCUGCUCAGACAUCGAUGAGUGCACCUUCCAGAACAUCUGUGUCUUUGGCACCUGCCAGAACCUGCCCGGGAUGUUCCGCUGUGCCUGCGACGAUGGAUAUGAGCUGGACAGGAGUGGAGGCAACUGCACAGACAUCAAUGAAUGUGCAGACCCUGUGAACUGCAUCAACGGGCUCUGCGUCAACACCCCCGGCAGCUACUUGUGCAACUGCCCCCAGGACUUCGAGCUGAACCCCACCGGGGUGGGCUGUGUGGACACCCGUGUCGGGAAUUGCUUCCUGGACACCCAGGAUCGAGGAGAUGGGGGGAUCUCCUGCAGUGCAGAGAUCGGAGUCGGGGUCACUCGGGCCUCCUGCUGCUGCUCCCUGGGCCGUGCCUGGGGCAACCCCUGCGAGCUGUGCCCUCCAGCCAACACCACCGAGUACAAGACCCUGUGCCCUGGAGGGGAAGGAUUCCGGCCCAACCCCAUCACUGUCAUCCUGGAGGACAUCGACGAGUGCCAGGAGCUGCCAGGGCUGUGCCAGGGCGGCAACUGCGUCAACACCUUCGGCAGCUUCCAGUGCGAGUGUCCCCUCGGGUACUACCUCAACGAGGACACGCGGAUCUGCGAAGAUAUUGAUGAGUGCUCUGCCCACAUCGGGAUCUGCGGCCCUGGCACCUGCUACAACACCCUGGGCAACUACACCUGCGUGUGCCCCCCCGAGUACAUGCAGGUCAACGGAGGGAACAACUGCAUGGACAUGAGGAAGAGCGUGUGCUACCGCAACUACAACGACACGUGUGAGAACGAGCUCUCCUUCAACAUGACCAAGAAGAUGUGCUGCUGCUCCUACAACAUUGGCAAGGCCUGGAACAAGCCCUGUGAGCCCUGUCCCACCCCUGCCAGCCCUGAGUACCAGAUCCUGUGUGGGAACCAAGCCCCUGGAUUUAUCAUCGACAUCCACACGGGGAAGCCCAUUGAUAUCGACGAGUGCAGUGAGAUCCCGGCCAUCUGCACCAACGGCGUCUGCAUCAACCAGAUCGGGAGCUUCCGCUGCGAGUGUCCCAUCGGCUUCAGCUACAACAACAUCCUGCUCAUCUGCGAAGACAUCGACGAGUGCAGCAGUGGGGAGAACCUGUGCCAGCGCAACGCCGACUGCAUCAACAUCCCGGGCAGCUACCGCUGCGAGUGCUCCACGGGCUACAAGCUGUCACCCAGCGGGGCCUGCGUGGGUCGCAACGAGUGCCAGGAGAUCCCCAACGUGUGCAGCCACGGGGACUGCGUGGACACCGAGGGCAGCUACGUCUGCAUCUGCCACAACGGCUUCAAGGCCACGGGGGAGCAGACCAUGUGCAUGGACAUCGACGAGUGCGACCGCCAGCCCUGCGGGAACGGGACCUGCAAGAACACAGUCGGCUCCUACAACUGCCUCUGCUUCCCUGGCUUUGAGCUCACACACAACAACGACUGCAUGGACAUUGAUGAGUGUUCAUCCCUGGUGGGGCAGGUGUGUCGGAACGGCCAGUGCAUCAACAGCGUCGGCUCCUUCCAGUGCCUGUGCCAGGAGGGGUACGACCGGACCCCUGACGGGAAGAACUGUGUGGACAUCAACGAGUGUGUGAGCCUGCCUGGCACCUGCUCCCCGGGCACCUGCCAGAACCUGGAGGGCUCCUUCCGCUGCAUCUGCCCCCCGGGCUACGAGGUGCAGAACGACAACUGCAUCGAUAUCAACGAGUGCGAAGAGGAGCCCAACAUCUGCCUUUUUGGGACGUGCACCAACACCCCUGGCAGCUUCCAGUGCGUCUGUCCCCCGGGCUUUGUGCUGUCUGACAACGGCCGGCGCUGCUUUGACACUCGCCAGAGCUUCUGCUUCACCCGCUUCGACAACGGGAAGUGCUCUGUCCCCAAGGCCUUCAACACCACCAAGGCUCGGUGCUGCUGCAGCAAGAUGCCAGGGGAGGGCUGGGGAGAUCCCUGCGAGCUGUGCCCUCAGGAAGGGAAUGUUGCCUUCCAGGAGCUGUGUCCGUACGGCCACGGAGCCAUCCCAGGCCCAGGUGACACCCGAGAAGAUGUCAAUGAGUGCUCGGAGAACCUGGGGGUCUGCAUCAACGGGGCCUGCAUCAACACCGACGGCUCCUUCCGCUGCGAGUGCCCCUUCGGAUACAACCUGGACUACACGGGGGUCAACUGCGUGGACACCGACGAGUGCUCCAUCGGCAAUCCCUGCGGGAACGGCACCUGCACCAACGUGGUGGGAGGCUUCGAGUGCGCCUGCGACGAGGGCUUUGAGCCGGGGCCCAUGAUGACCUGUGAAGACAUCAACGAGUGCUCCCUGAACCCCCUGCUCUGUGCCUUCCGCUGCAUCAACACCUUCGGCUCCUACGAGUGCACCUGCCCCUCUGGAUAUGCCCUGAGAGAGGACAGGAGGAUGUGCAGAGAUCUGGACGAGUGUGCGGAGGGGCUGCACGACUGCGAGUCCCGGGGGAUGCUGUGCAAGAACCUCAUCGGCACCUUCAUGUGCAUCUGCCCGCCAGGGAUGCAGCGCAGGCCCGAUGGAGAGGGCUGCACAGAUGAGAACGAGUGUCGGACCAAGCCUGGGAUCUGCCCCAACGGGCGCUGUGUGAACACUGCCGGGAGUUACCGCUGCGACUGCAACGAGGGCUUCGAAGUCAGUCCCUCUGGCACCGAGUGCAUCGACACCCGCCAAGGGUUCUGCUUCACCGAGGUGCUGCAAACCAUGUGCCAGAUGUCCUCCACCAACCGCAACCUGGUCACCAAAUCCGAGUGCUGCUGCAACAGCGGGCGCAGUUGGGGCCCCCAGUGCGAGCUCUGCCCUCUCCCUGGCACUGCCCAGUACAAGAAGAUGUGUCCCCAUGGCCCAGGAUACUCCACUGAUGGCAGAGACAUCGAUGAGUGCAAGGUCCUGCCCAACCUGUGCAGGAACGGGCAGUGCAUCAACAGCAUCGGCUCCUUCCGCUGCCACUGCCGGCUGGGCUACACCGCCGACAUCACGGGCACGGCCUGCGUGGAUCUGGACGAGUGUAACCAGUCCCCCAAGCCCUGCAACUUCAUCUGCAAGAACACAGAAGGCAGCUACCAGUGCUCCUGCCCCCGAGGGUACAUCCUGCAGGAGGAUGGCAAGAUCUGCAAAGACCUGGACGAGUGUUCCACCAAGCAGCACAACUGCCAGUUCCUCUGUGUGAACAUCAUCGGGGGCUUCAACUGCAAGUGCCCCCCCGGCUUCACUCAGCACCACUCGUCCUGCAUCGACAACAACGAGUGCACAGCUCAGCCCUCGCUGUGUGGAGCCAAAGGGCAGUGUCUGAACACCCCGGGCAGCUACAACUGCGAGUGCCAGAAAGGAUUCUCCCUGGACAGCUCUGGGGUCAACUGUGAAGAUGUGGACGAGUGUGACGGGAACCACCGGUGCCAGCACGGCUGCCAGAAUGUGCUGGGGGGGUACAGGUGUGGCUGCCCCCAGGGCUAUGUCCAGCACUACCAGUGGAACCAGUGUGUGGACGAGAACGAGUGUUCCAGCCCCACCGCCUGCGGCUCUGCCUCCUGCUACAACACCCUGGGCAGCUUCAAGUGCGUGUGUCCCUCGGGCUUUGACUUCGACCAGGCUUUUGGGGGCUGCCAGGACGUGGACGAGUGCUCGGCCGGGGGCAGCCCCUGCAGCUACGGCUGCUCCAACACGGACGGGGGGUACCUGUGCGGCUGCCCCGGGGGCUACUUCCGAGCGGGACAAGGACACUGCAUCUCUGGCUUGGGCUUUGGGAAAGGUCCCUACCUGCCUGCCCCCCAGGAAGAGGAUGAGGACAACCUGCUCUCCCCCGAGACCUGCUACGAGUGCAAGAUCAACGGCUACCCCAAGAGGGGCCGGCAGCGCCGCAGCCUCAACGGCACUGAGAGGCACCAGGACCACGGCGUGAACUUGGCCAGCAUGGACGUGGAGGCCCCGCUGUCCAUGACCCUGAACCUCUCGGACCUGGCGCGCAAGGAGCACAUCCUGGAGCUCCUGCCGGCCGUGGAGCCCCUGGAGAACCGGGUGCGGUACCUCAUCUCCCAGGGCAACGAGGAGGGCUAUUUCCGCAUCCACCAGAAGGAAGGGCUCAGCUUCCUCCACCUGGGCCGCAAGAAAAUCCUGCCCGGCACGUACCUGCUGGAGAUCGUGAGCGUGCCCUUGUACCGCAGGCGGGAACUGCAGAAACUCGAGGCCAAGAACCACCUCGACUACUUGGCGGGGGAGCUGGGCCAGGCACUGAGGAUGAAGCUCCAGCUCCAGCUCUACUAAAAAAAAAAAAAAACAACCCCCCACGGGAUCCAU